GAAGGUGAACAUUUAUAAUCCCCGAAUUUAAUCCAAUCCAACCCAAUUCCACAUAGGAAAAAAAUCAAAGCAUUUGUAUUUUUUUAAUAAUUACAGUAACCUACAGAUACGAUUUCCAUUUAUCCCCUCAAAAUUCUGUUAAUAGUAAUUUCAUAGGAUAUGCAGAGCCAAGUAGUGUGCGGUGGGUGCAGGACUGUCCUCCUCUAUCCCAGAGGAGCUACAAAUGUUUGCUGUGCAUUGUGUAAUGCAGUUACUGCUGUUCCACCACCAGGAAUGGAAAUGGCUCAACUGAUAUGUAGAGGUUGUCGUACCUUACUUAUGCAUGCACGGGGGGCUACCAGUGUCAGAUGCUCCUGCUGUCGAACAGUGAACCUUGUGCCUGCAUCUAAUCACGUUGCUCAUGUAAACUGUGGAAACUGUCGAACUAUGCUGAUGUAUCCAGCUGGAGCUCCGUCAGUUAAAUGUGCUGUUUGUCAGUACAUCACAGCUGUCAAUAUGGGUGAAUCAAGAAUCCCAAUUCCUGUGCAAAGACCUGAUGGAAACUCAACUGCAUCAAAUCUGGCUACCUCUACGGCUACAUCGCGUACUCAGAAUCAAACAGUCGUCGUUCAGAAUCCCAUGACCGUCGAUGAAAGUGGCAAGCUGGUGAGCAACGUUGUUGUUGGAAUUACAACAUAGGAAUUUUAUCGGAAUGGAUUGCAUCCAGUGCACUAUUCAGUAAUAAAUGGCUAUUUCAAGAACUUGGCUUCAACCGGGUAUAUAGAGAUAUCUUGUUCUUAUCAUUGGCAAAGAUAAGUAUUGAAGUUCAAAAUUUCUACUUGUAAAGUUCUAGACUUGGGACUUUUUUUGUACUAUAUGAGUAAACAAGUGUGGAGUGUUGAUAUUUUAGUCUGAGUCAUUUGUGGUGUUAUGCUACUGAAUAAUUGUGUUUGCCAUCAACAAAAGACUUUGUGAUGUAUAAGAACAUUACUAGAACAUUGCCAUGCCAGAGUUCAACUCACCACAACAUAGGGUAAAUUCUCUGCAUAUUUUGCUUAUGGGAAAAUGGAAAAUGCUUGUUGUA